AAUAUGUGAGAGCUGAUGUGGAGGAAGGAAAACGAAACCGAUCGGCGUCACCCCGUCGAAGUGUUGUCAACAAAGUUCCUCAGCAAGCAGUGAUUCAGUGACUUUAGUAAAUUCAGUCAACUCAUGAGUUGGUGAUCUUUAGCACAGUAAACUAUCAGAUUUCCAAUCUUGUUUUAUUUUUAUGUUAACCACGUGCAUAAUUAGACGAGGCCUCGAUAAGGAACUCAAGACAGAGAACCACGAGGAGAAGCAUGUCUGCAAGGAAGGAACUUGAGGAGGCCUUGUGCUGCUACACCGCAGAUACCCUCACCUACAUUGACACAGUGAGAGGAUUCUGUGAGAGGAACCCGAAAUGGAUGCUGGGGAGGGAGACAGAGUUGCACAUGAUGAUGGAUAUCAAAGACAGGGCUGAUCAGAUCGACCUAAGCAUCGGCCAUGUUAAGCAGUCACAGAACAGAGGUAAGGCUAUGUUGGAAUAUAUGACGAGCAAGGUAACCCAGGUGACUGCAGACAGCAGGCGUGCAGAGCUGGAGACCGAGCUGGCUGAAGUACUUAAGGCCACUCUGGGAGGUCUGGAGAAGCUCGACUGCUUCCUGGAUGCAGUGGAGAAACUGGCGGCCACCUCACUUCAUGUGUUCAUGGAGGAGAACCAGGUGCUACAUCUGCCAGAAGGGAUCAGCCCUGAACAUGUUCAGGUUGUCAUCAUUGCUGCACGGCUAAUCUGCCCUCUCCUCCUCGAGUUUAAAAGAGAUGCAAGUGUCUUCUUCCUUCCCAAACUUCAGAAUGUGGAAGUGCUGUCAUAUCAGCUGGACAGAUACAUUCAGACCACCAAGACAAUCUGUGAGAAGUUAGAGAAAAGCUCCCUCUGUGAGUUUUUCCUGAAGAACACAGACACCCUGGUAGACCUCAAUGGGGAUUUGUCUGAAGAGGACAUACAAAGGAUGCUUGAUCACAUUAAUCAGCUUCAUGAAAUCAGGAUGGACCAGAACUUCCGGAUGGUGUUCUUGUUUCAGGAUGAGCCAUGUUCUGGCUUCAUUGAUGAGUUCAACGAGCGACAGCCUAGAAUGCUACAGUUUCUUAAAGACCUGGAGGAGAAUGCUGUUCAGCUGGACAGCAUGAAUAAGGGGGCAAAGAUCUCCAGUGUGGUAGGCAGCUCAGUGGGGGCAGUUGGAGGUGUGCUUUCCAUCAUUGGUUUGGCAUUAAUUCCUGUAACAGCUGGAAUGUCUCUAGCUCUGACAAUGACGGGGGUAGGGCUGGGAAUAACCAGCGGAGUCAACAGUGCUGUAACCACCAUCACAGAGAUUGGAGUUAACCGCAAACAUCAAAAGAAAGCCAGUGAAGUUUUCCAGAGGUUCAUGGAGGAUGUGCAGAGUAUCCAGGAUUGUCUAGAGGUCACCCAAAGCCAAACAAGCCAGAUAGAUGUGGUUCUGGGAGUUGGCAAGAUGCUUUGUAAAGCUGGUGCUAUUGGAAAUGGUAUUGAUUCACUUGUUGAUGCUGCCUCCACUGUUAAGCUGUUAAAAAAUGAAGAGCUGGUGACAAGUGCUGGCAGAGUGGCAGUGCAGGAAGGAAAAGCAUUACGUAAUGUGCCCAGGGUGGCAGCAGAUCUCCCAGAUAUUGGACAGGCAGCUGUCAAAGGGCCUCUUGCCCUCUCCAAGUCAGCCAGGGCUGGUCUCAUUGGGCUCAAUGCUCUCUUUGUUGGCAUGGAUAUCUUCUUUAUCUGUAAAGACAGUAUCAGUCUGGCCAAAGGCAGUGAGACUGAAGUCUCACAGUUCAUCAGAGCCAGAGCUGCUCUUUGGAGCUCAGAGUUGGACUCAUGGCAGAGGAUUCAUGACUCACUGAGCAAAGGUCUGCAGCCAUCAGAGAAAAACAAAGCUAUCCUGGAGACGCCAUAUUAUCCAGAGCAGGAGAUGAAGAAACAAAGAGAAACAGAAACAGAAGUUCCAUCUGUUGAAGUGGAUGAAAGUCCAAAAAUUGAAGAGAAAAAAAAUUGUGUAGUACAAUAGUGUUGGUGAACAGAGACAAUAGCCCUUUUUACAGAGAUAGCACUGUAAGAAAUCCCUCUUCAUGCCGCCUUUGUAUUUUUACACAGAAGCAAACAACAGCAGCAUCAGGCUGCUCCAGAGUGUGAUUUUAGACAGCAUGCUGGCAUGUGAUAUAUAACAUAUGUGUCAGCAGCACUUUAUAAAAAGUAACAAUAGAGUGUGCCAGGGCUGACGUCAAAACCCAGAAGUUUAGCAUCGCGCUGGUUCCCGGAAGAGAAAGUGAAUGUGAUUUUUGCUAUGCGUUUUGGAUUAUGUCAGAAAAUAAGCUCUGUGGCUAACACAAGUUUAUGAUACUUACAGGUUUUGUUCAGUGAGAUAAUCUUCACAUAUGAACACCUUUCAUACCGCAUUUGAAGCUAAAAUGCGAUCGCCGGAAGUAAAAAGCUAACGUUAGGCUUUAACGGACUACAUGACUACUCCACGGUCGCAUGACUCUUGAUGUCACCGCCACUAAGCUUUCAUCUGAUUUCGGCCGCUUUAUUUUAAAAACAUUAUAUAAUGGGGAAAUCGGACUGUUUAAGCUAAAUAAGAAGCUGUAAUGGCGGACUGCCAGCACUCUCACCUGUUCGGGGAUGAAGACGUUUAAUGUCCCCGACAGGGUUUGUAGUCAUAUUGAGCCACUUGUUAGCAACCGCCUUUUUUACGACACGUAAAAGCUUCAAAAUUCACAAGUAGGGUAUUUACUGACGUGUUUUCUGUCGUAGAACAACACCUGAAACUUGCUUAAGCUUUUGUUAACCACAGACCUUAUUUGAGGCAUUUUACCAAAAUCCCAUUCAAAAAACGUAUUGACUUUGAGACGAGAGAACCGGGAGUGCUAAAAGCGCUAACGGAGUUCGGGGUUUACUGGCACACUCUAUUGCAUAACAUGGCAAUAACAAUCAUUAACCAUCCCCUGUUAUAUGGUGACUGAUCACGUCUGCUCCUUAGAGGGUAAGGAGCUCCCUGACCACAUUGUUUUCCCACUUUGUGGACAUUUUCAGCCGCUGUUCUUCUUUGAGUUAGCUGCUAACUGUUACUACAAACUUUGUAAGUCUCCUAUGAUGGGUUGCAUGCAUGCAUGAUAGUCGUCAAAACUCACAUCCAUGCCACCCAUGAUCCCAUCCUGCCAGCUGUCCUGUUAAUACAGAUAUCGUUUCGGCGCUGUGAAUACCUCCAAUGCCAGCUUAAAGGUGACAACUCUGCCCCCCCACUCCACGAUUAUACUGCAUGGCGAGGCGGCAUAAUGGCAUGAAAUUUCCGCUUUAAAGAGGGCUGUGUAAAAAGGGCUAAUGACGCUAAUGAAUGUCCUGUUGCCAACUCUGACACUUUGAUCAGAAAUGAGAUCUAUUUAAACUCAGCUUAUAGCUCACUGCUUAGCAUCAUACAGCAUUAAAAUGUAGGGAUUUUUAAUCAGCUGUAGGGGUGGGCGAUAUGGCCCUGAAAGAAUAUCACAAUAUCUAAAGGUAUUUUUGUGAUAACGAUAUUCUUGACGAUAUGACAUAUUAGGGGAAAAAAUGUAUUAUUAAUUUAAGAAAAUAGAAUAAGUGAUAUAGUUUUAUAUGUCAACCAGUUUGCCUUCAAAUAUUCAGUAAAAACUAAACAAAAAUUGUCUCUCAUUUAUUUAGUUUGUAAAGAACAACACUAACUCAGAGUGAGAUUCAGAUUCUGCAUACAAUAUUAAUAGUUCAACAAAAUAAAAUCUACCACAAGUUACACAUUUAAACAUCUCCCAAAUACAAAAAAUGCACCCUGGGAUCUAUAUAUAUAUAUAUAUAUAUAUAUAUAUAUAUAUAUAUUUAUAUAUGAAUCAACAGGGGAUAUCCUUCUCUUCUAAGUUGUUUUUUUUUCCCCAACCUAGACAUUUAUGCUCUGUAACCUGUGACGGGCUGUUUCGCUAUAACUAUCGCACAUUCACAUGUAUGUAGUUCUUUGUUGAGCCGUAGGCGGCAUGUAGUUUUGCGUUACCAAAGGUGUAAUCACUUGACGAUACUGACUCCUGUGUGCGCACGGCCAUAGAGGAGGAGGAGAGAUGGAACCACCACGGAGUCUGUAGUUAUUUUUCCCCUUUAGCUAUGCUUGUUGUUACCAUGGGUAACAAUAUGACGUCAAUAUGUCAACAAGUCCAAAUAUUGUGAGUAUCAUGGUAUGAAUUAUUUAUAUCAUAUUAAAAAAUUACCAAUAUUACCGUGAAUGAGAUGAUAUGGCACACCCCUAAACAACAGUAAUUCUCAUGACAUAAACCUGUUUGAGUCAUGAAUUUAACUUUUUGCUAAACUUGUUUCAAAACAUAAUGCAUUGUACUCUACUUGAUGAUAAAUGUGAAUAUUCUAGAGCUGCAAUUACUGCCAUGUACUGUAUGCAAAAUUAUCCACAUUCCAUAUGAUUCUGCAUUAUUCAUAUGUAUAGUUCAAUCUGCACAUUUUUCCUUCACAAAUAAAUAAUUCAACUUUUUUAAAAA